AUGGCGGUCAUUUUACCUUUCCCGAUCACAGUUAAAGCUAAAUUAAAACAUCUUUUUCUCGUAGAAUUUGACAACUUGUUCAAUCCUAAUCAUGAUGUUCGUCAAGACUUCUUCAUAAAAGAAGAGUACCAUUAUUUAAACGUGUCUAAAGUUGGAACAUUCGCAGUGUAUGACAACCUUGACUGCACUUUUGGAUGUCUCCGUAAUCCUUUCUGUUUGUCCAUCAACCUGGCAGCUUACAAAGGAGCAGAUGGAAAGUUGUGGUGUGUGUUGCUGUCUUCAGAAAAGUUCAGGAAGCACGAGGAGUAUAAAAGACACAAUAGUUGGCAUUAUUUCUUCGUUAAGGUGCACUAUGGAAAUAUUAAAGACUAAAGAAGACGCUGCGUAACACACACCACCUACAUGUACAUUUAGCAAAAGCUUAAAGAGACAGCCAUUGUGGGGACGCUAGAUACUGUUAAAAUCAAAAAACGUUUUUUCCACUGCAUGAGUUACGUAUACAAUUGUUAACAAAGACACAGUGACGAAAGAAAAAUAUUAUACGUGAAAAUCUAAUUUUAGAUGAAGGGUGCGAAAUAGCAAAGUGCAAAAAUGGUUAAUAUAAAAAAACAGUUGCACAUUUCAGAGAAUUUAAUUUGAUUAAUGAAUACUUCAAGUCAAUCAAUUCAGAUGUAACAAAUUUAACAUUGCCACACAUAAUAACUGCUCCAUGAUUUUAAUACGAAGGAAAAAUUAUACCAAGUUUUGCUUGAAAUUAUUAUGUGUAAUAAGCUGAUAAAGAUGACUUUGUUCUUACAGACUCUAUGUGUGCUUUCACCAUGCCUAAACGGAGGAACCUGCUUGCCAAAAUACAAAUAUCGCACGUCUAUCUGCCUUUGUAUUGAGGGAUUUGUGGGUGUAUUUUGCGAAAUAGGUAACUAAAACCCACAGGCCCCAGUUGUUUAAAAGGUGGAUAUGUCCGCUGAAUCAUCCAGUGGAUAACGAAAUUGUUUUCUAUAGAACUCAUAGUACAGUGCAUGCAUACUGAUUUAUCCAGUGAAGUACUGUUAUUCAUCGCUUGAACGACCGGGGCCUCAUGUAUAACUUCGUAUACAGAAACAAAAACAGUCAGUUGGAUAAAAAUUUAAGGACAAUUUAAUGGGGAAAAAGGCCAUAAUUGAAGUGGCGUAGAUAAUGUGGAGAGAUCUUGGGGUCCUUUGACCAACCCCCCUCCCCCACUCCCCCACCGCCCCCACCCGUUGUAAGACGCAUCCAUUUCACGGCUCUUUUCGCAGGGGUGUACGGUCAAAACUGAAAUAAAAUAAAUGAAAAUGGCAGUGAUUAAAAGAAAAAGCAAAUAAAAACGUAAAUAUUCCAAAACACAUUUAAAAAAGAGGAAAGCCCUGAGAAAAUGGUUCAGUUGAAUUCAAAAUUUCUCUUAAUAUACUUUACAUUUACAUCAACUCCAAUGUUAUAUUUGUCUUUCGAUUACCAAUGUGGAAAAGAAAGGCAGCAGGAGCAACUUUUUCAAGUUCGACUAGUUAUCGCAAAAUGGCCAAAAAGAUAACAUUUUUUAACAUAAAGACUUCUGCUCUUAAGCCAUCAUUGUGCUUAAUCGAAAAUAAAAUUUAAACACAAACAGCGGUGAUAAACAAUGCGAACUUUCGCAUUUUACGUAAACUUGACCACGUUUCGUAAUUUGCUAACGACUACGUUAAUCUUUCAAAAGUAAUCAAAAGUGACCGUUACCGAUUAUGACAAAACUUUUUAUACAAAAUAGACAGGAAGUCUGGAAACGAGAUUUACAAUAUUCUUGGGAUUUCGUAAAAUAGUUUUGUAUCAGUCUAUAACGGUCACGUUGAUCACUUUUGAAUGUAUGUUGACACAAGACAUGCGAACCGUCAAUUUUAUAUUAGAAUGGGAAAGUCCACAAAUUUUUAUCACCACUGUUCUCAUUUUAUUUUUUAUUGACACCAUUCUUACGGUUUCUCUUUGAUACUGUUUCUUCAGAGCUAUAAUUAUGAAAAAACAAAAUAGAUACUGAACAGGAAUUACAGGUCAGUUUAACAAUUUAUAGUCGCCAACCGAAUUAAAUGACUAUGACCUGGCCUGCAGCAAAUAGAGAAUCUUAGGCUAGCAGAAUCAAGCCAAAAAACGAAGAAAAAAAUGGACUAAUUUAAGAAAAAAGUACUUUAAUAAUUACUGGAAAAUCUAACUCAACUACAAAGUUCUUUCCUCUUUCUUUUCCAGCUGCAAAGUCAUGCAGAGACUUGUAUGAUCAUGGCAAGUAAGUAACAAAUAUAAACAUUUUGGAAUCCUGCUUUUAAUUCUGCUUCCCUGUUACUGCUUCACAAGCGUUGGGAGAGGGGGGGUUAAUUACUCCCUUCCACAAGCCAUGUAGAUGUGCCGCCCAAAGGAUAUAGCUUUUACUUCGUUUUGAUCUGAAAACUAGCUAGUUUAGACUUUGCCAUUUUGGUUUGGUAUUGGGUAUGGUUUUGAGGGAACUAGGGGAGUGUAUAUGACAGCAUUUGUCGUUUCAUUUCCAAUUAAAUACGAAAGAAUAAGAGUCAUGUGCGAAUUUUUUAGGGAUUUUAAGAAAUCGUUUUGUUGGCCUCCUAAAGUAAUGAUAGCAUAAUUUCUUCGAGUCCAGGUCUGAAAAAGGUUGUGCAAGAUGAAAUUUUGUGGUCUUAAAGUACUGCCCCUCAUUGCCUCUGCCUCUGGCUCACAUGUUAUUUAGCGAUGUUUUUUCUUCGUCUUCUUCUUUUACAAAUGGAUGGCAGGUGGAUGAAGAAUAAUAAUGUUACUACGCUUCUCUUCGAUUCAAAACCAACUUCCGUUCAUUGUCACUUUGGAGAUUUUGGAUGUGGAGAUGGAGCAUGGACGCCGGUCAUGAAGAUAGACGGCAACAAAGUAAGCCAACGUUGUCAGUGUACAAGCUUUUCAAGUUUGGCCUCAGUUGACAAAGACUGGCUUUUUUUCUCAACUGCAUUAAUUUAUUAAGACGCAAAAUAUCUGUCCCAUAAUAAGCCCACCCGAUUACAAUCCCAUAAAACACGUACGCCUCGGACGACUUUUGGGGAAUUUUAUGACAUGUUAACGGUCAUCAGCCAAGAAAGUUCUCCACCAAGCUGAACUGACAAGCUACCAAUAUAAUAGUUUCAAACAAAUUAUAUAUUAAUGGUCACUACUCUUUUUCUUUAAAAGCAAACUUUUCGCUACAGAUCCGCUCUCUGGAGCAACAAAGGAACCUUUAACCUCGACGGCGGAGAGACUGGGUUUGACAGCCAAGAGUCUAAAUUACCAUCUUACUGGAAAACAGCGUUCUCUAAUAUCUGCCUCGGUAUGAAAAUCGGCCACCAGAUCAAGUUUAUUGUCAUCAACCAACAGGCGAACUCCUUGUACUCUCUGAUCGCUGAUGGGCAAUACCGCAGCACCUCACUGGGUCGUGACACGUGGAAGUCGUUGAUUGGCUCUGAGGCCUCCUUGCAGUUCGGCUGUAACAAGGAAGGAUUCAAUGCCAUAUCUACUUUGGAACAAAGUUCCAGGGCAAUAAUGAACUUGACGAAUGUGAUUCCUGCGAUUCUAGAAUCGGGUUUGGUACUGAAGGAAAACCCAAUCAUUACAACACGUGUGGAAAUGUGGAACAUAACACAGGUGAUAAUGGUGAGAAAGACAUUAGAACCAUGGGUUAUAUUUUAG